AUGGUCACCAGGACAGAGGGUCAAAUUGAUGACUCUCUAAUUGGUGGCAAUGCCUCUGCUGAAGGUCCUGAGGGAGAUGGAACAGAAGCCACGGUCAUAACUGGUGUUGAUAUAGUAAUAAACCACCACCUUCAGGAAACCAGCUUUACAAAAGAAUCCUACAAGAAGUACAUCAAGGACUACAUGAAAGCAAUCAAAGCCAGACUUGAGGAACACAAGCCAGAGAGAGUAAAGCCUUUCAUGACAGGGGCUGCAGAACAAAUCAAACACAUCCUUGCUAACUUCAAAAACUACCAGUUCUUUGUAGGAGAGAACAUGAAUCCAGAUGGUAUGGUGGCGCUCCUGGAUUUCCGUGAGGAUGGCGUGACCCCAUAUAUGAUUUUCUUUAAGGACGGCUUGGAAAUUGAGAAAUGUUAACGAAUCAAACGGUAUGGUUUUGGAUCACCUGUCUUCAUAGCUGGCUGCUGUUUCUUCUUCAUCGGCACAACACCAGGAAUCGGCAAUGUCUAACAACUGGACUGAUGUCAUCUUGAGCUUUAUUCACUUAUUUUGACCCUGAUUUGGAGUGGAGGCAUUGUUUUAAAAAAAAGAAAAAAAAAAACACACCACCAAACAUCUUGUCAUGUAGGUUGUCUAAAAUAAAACUCAUUUAAACCCAUCCUA